UGAAAUCUGGACAGAAAAUGGAUAACUUGUGGUUGUUAAUGGUCGCUUUGCUAUGUUUGCUCAAUUCUUUCAAGUUGAAUGUCAAGGGAGACGAAGAAGAUGAUGACGAAUUAGAAGAAGAAUAUCUUUAUUCUUCGAAGGGUUUGCAAAUUCUCACCGAACUAAAUCCCACCGAAACAGAAGACGGGAAACCGAUUGUAGAAGGCGAUAUAGUGCUGCCACCUGGAAGCAAACGGCCGAAUGAAAUUGAGGAACACAAAGGAAUUGUUAACAUCCUCACGAUAUGGACGAAUGGAAAAGUAUCGUACAACUUUCACAGCUCUGUGGAUGACAAUCUUAAAGCAAUGAUCGUGGAUGCGAUGGGAGAAUGGGAAAAACACACUUGCCUAAAAUUCACCGAAAAAGCUAUUGAUUUCAACUACUUACGAUUCAGGGCGGACCAGGAAGGAUGUUGGUCGAUGAUUGGAAAAAUAAACACAAUUUUUGCUGGCCAAGAUGUAUCAAUCGGACCAGGAUGUAACAGAUCUAAUAUCAUAGUUCAUGAGAUAGGGCAUGCUAUUGGCUUCUACCACGAGCAGUCACGUAAUGAUCGUGACCGUUACAUCCAUAUCCUAUGGAACAACAUGCCAGUUGCUCGGUAUUCCCAGUUCGACAAAGGCAUCGAAAAUCCCAGAGGAGUAGAAUAUGAUUUCACUUCUGUCAUGCAUUAUGGACCAAUGAGAAAUGGUAGUAUAUUUACAGCUUACCGCAAACAGUUCAAAGCGGGCUGCCCCAACAAUAACCAGAGCCAGUGCUUAAAUGGAGGAUUUUUAUCACCAUACAGAGGAGACAACCAACCAUGCCAUUGCGUAUGUCCUCCAAAAAGUUCUGGCGAAUUUUGCGAAUACACUGAAGAACCAUUUGAAUAUUACGAUCUUCCUCCUUGUGGAGGGAACAUAACGGAAGACACAGAAAUAUCAACUCCUGGUUACCCUAACAGACAACCGCCAGCUGAUUCUUGUAGUUGGUGGAUGCAGGCGCCUGAAGGUAAAAGAGUCCAAGUUGAAUUCAUAGACUUCAGCUUUCAUCCUCGUAUGGAGUCUAAUAAGACCAUAUUCAAUCAGAAAUGUGUAAAGGAAAGAGUAGAAAUCAGAACUAGAAGUAGAUACGACGGAGAUAUGUUUUGUGGUGAAGAUAUACCGCCAGGUACAGUGGCGACAUCUGCCGAGUGCGAAUUCAUCAUCAUCAUUGACACUAAUGAGAAAGCUCAAGCUGGAAGAGGACUGAAAGCAAAAGUGACAUUUGUGGAUGAGGAAGAGACUGAAUAUUCGGAAAAGACAUUAGCUUCUCUACUUCCUUGAAUAAUGUUAAUAAAUGUUUUUUAUAAAAUACCUUUCCAUUU